AUGCUGGCACACGCGGCCCAGUCAUCGACUCCUUCAGAGCGCCCCCCCAGCAAGCUCGCACGUCGCUUGUACAUCUCACACUUCCUAUCAACAUGGAACUCUCGCGUCUUCGAGUUUGGGGCCGUCCUCUACCUUGCUUCGAUUUAUCCAGGAACCCUGCUACCUAUGUCAGUUUAUGCUCUUUCGCGAGGUGUCGCAGCGAUUCUGCUGGCACCAGCGGUGGGGAACUACAUCGAUACUGGAAACCGACUCCAAGUAGUCCGAGUGUCAAUCGGUCCAGUGCUCCAGAGAAUCGUGGUGGCGGCAUCUUGCGUGAUUUUCUACUUGCUUGCGAUUGGCCAACCCAUCCUCAGCGAGAUUGAUAAUACCUUGCUGGUAGCAUUGGCGCUCCUUGCCUGUGUGGAGAAGCUAAGCUCUAUCAUGAAUCUAUCCUUGUGUAUAGACUCAAGUUCACAUGCCAUGAAUGCCCAGAUGCGACGAAUCGACCUCAUAUGUAAGCUUGUCGGGCCGCUUGCGAUAGAUUUGGUCGAUGGCGUGUCGACUAAGAUUGCCAUCUUGUUCAAUCUGGGAAUGAACAUUUGUUCUGUAGUCGUUGAAUACUUUUCGAUAGCCAGGGUAUACUAUGAAGUACCCGAACUGCAACAGCCAAAGACAAAGGCAGCCCUCGAUAAGCCAAGUACAGAAUCCGACCAACAUAAUGGCGUGGCGCGCCUCUGGCACUACUGCCAUCGUAUCACACACAAGGCCUUGGGAGACUUCACCUCCUACUUCCGCCACCCUGUGUUCCUCCCCUCGUUUUCCGGAGCUUUUCUAUAUCUGACUGUCCUCUCAUUUGCUGGGCAAAUGGUCACAUGGCUCCUGUCGACAGGAUACGACUCUACGCAGGUCGGCAUUGCGAGAACCCUAGCUGUAACCUUUGAAGUUCUCGCAACAUGGAUCGCGCCUUGGCUCAUGGGGCGAAUCGGUACCACUCGUGCGGGUUUGUGGCUAGCGAACUGGCAGAUCGCUUCCCUGGUAGCUGGAAUAUCCAUUUUCUGGAUGUUCCCCAACCAGCCUCUAAUUUCUGCGUCAGGACUGGUAGGAGGCACAAUUCUCAGCCGAGUCGGAUUGAGAGGCUUUGAUUUGUGCGUGCAGAUUCUUGUUCAGGAGGGCGUCGAAGCCGAAAACCGAGGCAAUUUCUCCUCGAUAGAAGCUGCAUGGCAGAACGCCUUUGAGAUCGGCUCGUACAUCUCGACUAUUGUCUUUUCGCGACCGGAUCAGUUCGGAUGGCCAGCACUGAUCAGUAUCAUUGCUGUGGGUAUUGCUGGGAUACUUUAUACGGUAUUUGCUCGCAUGCAGCGUGGUCAUUCGAUCCAUGUUCCGAAGUGGAUUGCCGCUCCGGGCAUACUAAAACAAACGAGGGAGAGGUGCCUUGAACGAAUUUCUUCGGCGUCAAACAUUUAG